CCAAUGAGCGCCGGCUGGCCGGUUGCCCAGGCGACCGACGCGCGGCUCCGCCCCCCGCGCCAAGGCUCCCGCGCGCGGCUGAGUGCGGACUGGAGUGGGAACUCGGGUCCCCGAGCUUAGAGAACACGCGAUGACCACGUGGAGCCUCCGGCGGAGGCCGGGCCGCACGCUGGGGCUCCUGCUGCUGGUCGUCUUGGGCUUCCUGGUGCUCCGCAGCCCGCCAGCCCUCAUGCCGAGCGCUGUGCUUGUCUUGCUCCUGGCCGCGGCCUCGGCUUGCCCUUCGCCUGCCGCGGGGCCCCGUGCUGAAGAAAGGCCCCUGCCCAGGCUGGACUGGAGCACCCUGGCCCCGCUGUGGCUUCGCCAUCGACAGCUGGGGCUGCAGGCCAAGGGCUGGAACUUCAUGCUGGAGGAUUCCACCUUCUGGAUCUUCGGGGGCUCCAUCCACUAUUUCCGUGUGCCCAGGGAGUACUGGAGGGACCGCUUGCUGAAGAUGAAGGCCUGUGGCUUGAACACCCUCACCACCUAUGUUCCAUGGAACCUGCAUGAGCCAGAAAGAGGCAAAUUUGACUUCUCUGGGAACCUGGACCUGGAGGCCUUCGUCCUGAUGGCUGCGGAGAUCGGGCUGUGGGUGAUUCUGCGUCCAGGCCCCUACAUCUGCAGUGAGAUGGACCUCGGGGGCUUGCCCAGCUGGCUACUCCAAGACCCUGGCAUGAGGCUGAGAACAACUUACAAGGGCUUCACCGAAGCAGUGGACCUUUAUUUUGACCACCUGAUGUCCAGGGUGGUGCCACUCCAGUACAAGCGUGGGGGACCUAUCAUCGCUGUGCAGGUGGAGAAUGAAUAUGGUUCCUAUAAUAAAGACCCUGCAUACAUGCCCUACGUCAAGAAGGCACUGGAGGACCGUGGCAUUGUGGAACUGCUCCUGACUUCAGACAACAAGGAUGGGCUGAGCAAGGGGAUCGUCCAGGGAGACCGGGCUGCUGGAAGAUCUCUCUAUAUCCCUGCAGCAGCGCCUGGCUGGCACCCAGGGAGUGAAGUGUUGGCCACCAUCAACCUUCAGUCAACACAUGAGCUGCAGCUACUGACCACCUUUCUCUUCAAUGUCCAGGGGACUCAGCCCAAGAUGGUGAUGGAGUACUGGACAGGGUGGUUUGACUCGUGGGGAGGCCCUCACAAUAUCUUGGAUUCUUCUGAGGUUUUAAAAACCGUGUCUGCCAUUGUGGACGCUGGCUCCUCCAUCAACCUCUACAUGUUCCACGGAGGCACCAACUUUGGCUUCAUGAAUGGAGCCAUGCACUUCCAUGACUACAAGUCAGAUGUCACCAGCUAUGACUAUGAUGCUGUGCUGACAGAAGCCGGCGAUUACACGGCCAAGUACAUGAAGCUUCGAGACUUCUUUGGCUCCAUCUCAGGCAUCCCUCUCCCUCCCCCACCUGACCUUCUUCCCAAGAUGCCGUAUGAGCCCGUCACGCCAGUCUUGUACCUGUCGCUGUGGGACGCCCUCAAGUACAUGGAGGAGCCAAUCAAGUCUGAAAAGCCCAUCAACAUGGAGAACCUGCCAGUCAACGGGGGAAACGGACAGUCCUUCGGGUACAUUCUCUAUGAGACCAGCAUCACCUCGUCUGGCAUCCUCAGUGGCCACGUGCAUGAUCGGGGGCAGGUGUUUGUGAACACAGUAUCCAUAGGAUUCUUGGACUACAAGACAACGAAGAUCGCUAUCCCCCUGAUCCAGGGUUACACCGUGCUGAGGAUCUUGGUGGAGAAUCGUGGGCGAGUCAACUAUGGGGAGAAUAUUGAUGACCAGCGCAAAGGCUUAAUUGGAAAUCUCUAUCUGAAUGAUUCACCUCUGAAAAAAUUCAGAAUCUAUAGCCUGGAUAUGAAGAAGAGCUUCUUUCAGAGGUUCGGCCUGGACAAAUGGAGUUCCCUCCCAGAAACACCCACAUUGCCUGCUUUCUUCUUGGGUAGCUUGUCCAUCAGCUCCACCCCUUGUGACACCUUUCUGAAGCUGGAGGGCUGGGAGAAGGGGGUUGUAUUCAUCAAUGGCCAGAACCUUGGACGUUACUGGAACAUUGGACCCCAGAAGACGCUCUACCUCCCAGGUCCCUGGUUGGGCAGCGGAAUCAACCAGGUCAUCGUUUUUGAGGAGACGAUGGCGGGCCCUGCAUUACAGUUCACGGAAACCCCCCACCUGGGCAGGAACCAGUACAUUAAGUGAGCGGUGGCGCCCCCUCCUGCUGGUGCCCGUGGGAGACUGCCGCCUCCUCGACCUGAAGCCUAGUGGCUGCUGCCCCGCUCCCUCACUGCAAAAGCAUCUCCUUAAGUAGCAACCUCAGGGACUGGGGGCUACAGUCUGCCCCUGCCUCAGCUCAAAACCCUAAGCCUGCAGGGAAAGGUGGGAUGGCUCUGGGCCUGGCUUUGUUGAUGAUGCCUUUCCUACAGCCCUGCUCUUGUGCCGAGGCUGUCGGGCUGUCUCUAGGGUGGGAGCAGCUAAUCGGAUCGCCCAGCCUUUGGCCCUCAGAAAAAGUGCUGAAACAUGCCCUGCACCGGACGUCACAGCCCUGCGAGCAUCUGCUGGACUCAGGCGUGCUCUUUGCCGGUGCUUGGGAGGCUUGGCCACAUCCCUCAUGGCCCCGUUUUAUCCCCGAAAUCCUGGGUGUGUCACCAGUGUAGAGGGUGGGGAACGGGUGUCUCACCUGAGCUGACUUUGUUCUUCCUUCACAACCUUCUGAGCCUUCUUUGGGAUUCUGGAAGGAACUGGGUGUGAGAAACAUGUGACUUCCCCUUUCCCUUCCCACUGGCUGCUUCCUACAGGGUGACAGGCUGGGCUGGAGAAACAGAAAUCCUCAGCCCUGCGUCUUCCCGAGUUAGCGAGUGUCUCUGGUGUUCAGUGAGGAGGACGUGUGUGUCCUGGCAGAAGCCAUGGCCCAUAUCUGCACAUCCAGGGAGGAGGACAGAAGGCCCAGCUCAGUGGCCCCCGCCCCCCACCCCCCACGCCCGAGCAGCAGGGGCGGAGCAGCCCUCCUUCGCGGUGUGUCCACGUCCGCAUUUGAGCCUUGUUCUGGGGCCCAGCCCAACACCUGGCUCGGGCUCACUGUCCUGAGUUGCAGUAAAGCUAUAACGUUAAAUCACA